AGUCUUAAUGACAGACAAGAGCUUCCUCCUGGACACAGGGAAAGAGGAACAAACAACAAUCUUCACAAUUCAUCCAACCAUUUGGGACGUCCUGGGAGUCCGAUGCACUCCGGAGGACUUGUGCAACUCUGGCCAAAGCGCUCAGAAAAUCUCAGCUCAGAGGAAUAAAAUAAAAAUCCAGAUUAACCAUGACAGCUAAAUUGGAGACUCUCGACCCUUCUGCUCUGCCAUCUACGGUGACCUUUGACCCCAAAUCUCAGACAGUCACCCUGCCAGGCGGGAUCGUGUCAGUGGCGGGCAUCACUGUAAUAACUGGCGGGGCGGAGCUGUCCUGUGGAUCCUGCAUGCUGGCCUUUGGAUUUUGGGGGACUCUGGUUGGGUUGAGCUGCGUGUCCGUGGGCCUCUGGGAUCAGAUCCACCAGGUUAAAGUCGGAGCUUCUCACCUCCUGGGACUGGGACUGGUGAUUCUUGUGCUGAGUUUCCUCGUGGUGGGAAGUGUUGUGGCUUUUUAUAUCUUGACCAGGAAGAAGACAGUGAGCUCACGUCGAGAGAGGGAGGAUGGAAAAGAGGUUCUUGUGGAAGACAGUCAGAGGGUUAUUAAAAAGGUCACAGUGUGAUGUGACAAGCAAUUAGAACUAAGCUGUGUUCCUGCUCAGUAUAUCUUUUACCACAUAUGUAAAUAAGAGAACACACACAAAAAAUGUUUUAUUAGAAAUAUUAUUUUUGUAUUUCUUCACACGUUUUGAUAUAUGCCAAGUGAUUCAUUCAUUUUCAAACACAAUGUUAAAUCAUACUGUAUACUCAAUAAACAUGCACGUGCAUAAAGAAUGUGUCAGACUUCCUUCCAAUGAGAUCACUCUGUAAUCUUCAGCCUGUCUAAGGAGAUGAGUUCCUUAAUUCCUUAAAUCUCUGGGAAAAACUCAUUUAUUUUGUGAUGGUUUGACUAUAUGCUUUAUUGUCGUAGUUUAUUCUGCUUGUUUUUCUGUUUAAAAUGCUCUUUAUAGCUUUUGAAAUGUUUUGGGGUGAUACAUAAUUUUGCAUCACAUCAUCGUCAUGAUCAGAAAGUGUUUUUUCUUGUCCGUUACACUCAGCAAGAUAACCUCACCAGGGCGAAACCCAACCUGUUUAAUGAAUUUUUAGUUGAGGAAUUUUCAUCCUCGAACUAAGCAGACCAUUUCAGUUGCAACUGGAAUGGCUCAGGUGAACAAGGACCAGCAGGCAGCAUUCGAGUUUUCCAUAGUGGUGAAAUAAAAAUAAAUAUGAAAAUUAAUAUUUUGUGUAUAUUGUAUUGUGUGCAUUUAGAAAUUGUUUUGCUGACACAUUACAUUUUCCGUCGAGCGGGAAGGGAGGUGUGGAAGCAAAUAAAAAAUAUUUCAUUGUACCUUAGGUAGUACGGAGAUUUUUUUUUCUUUUUUUCCUA